GGGCGGUGCUAGAGGCUGCCGGGGGGUUGUAGGGAGACGGCGCUGCCGCCAUUUUGUAGGGUGUUUGUCGCAGCUUUUGGAGAGAGAAGACGGCGGUUUGCCGACAAUUCUCGGCCAAAGGGCCUUUUGUUUUUGCGGAGAUGCGGCAUUCCAAAAGAACUCACUGCCCUGAUUGGGAUAGCAGAGAAAGCUGGGGACAUGAAAGCUACAGUGGAAGUCACAAACGGAAGAGGAGAUCCCACAGCAGUACGCAAGAGAACAGAUAUUGUAAACCACAUCACCAGUUUAAAGAAUCUGAUUGAUGUUCCAUUGGGACUGUUUGCCAGAUUGCUUUCUAAAUUAGCCAGCUGGGGUUACUUUAAAAAACAGUAUGUAAUUUUUUUCCUUUUCCAUGCUAAAACAGACCUGUUCUGCAGAACAGUGAGCUUAUUGGUAAUCAAUGCAGACUAAUCGUUCUUUACAUUGUAUGAAAAGAGAAUCUCUGCCAGGAUUUCAAUGACCUGAGCUAAAUUAAUGUACUAUAGAGAUUAUCUGUAUCCUAUAUUAAAUACAAAAUACUCUGUAAGGCAUAACGUCAUAAUAUUAAUUAUUUAUAAGUUUAUUCAUUAUGUAGGUAAAAAAAGAACUGGUAUGAUUGAUGAACAGUUCAUUUAUGUUAUAAUUAACUGUAUAAACAUGAUUGUGUAAUAACCGCUAGACUAAUAGUUUCUUCUUGGCACCAGAGAUGUCUAGUGGUAGUUACUCUCCAUAAUCUGGAGUAGUCUAAUAGUCUUUCUAAGAUUCAAAACUUUACAAGAGUGUUUUUUAAUAAAAUUACUGAAAAAAAUGAAAAAUACAGAAAUGUAUGAAGGUAAUUUUGAUAGGAUGCUAAUCCUCCAUUAUUUGGAUAUAAAAUUAUUUCUGAUUAUUUUUAAAAAUACUUAUGUGUACAAAUCUUUGCCUCUGGUAUUUCUUGGAAAUAAAUUCUAAGAAGAGACAGGACAGUUUAGAGUGUGAACUCUUAGAAGAUUCUUGCUACAUAUUUAUGUAUUUUUCCAGAAAGUUUGUACCAAGUUAUAUUCCCUACAGCUUGCUCCUUCAUUCUCUCAUCAGUCUUAGUUAUUUUGAAAUGCCAAGAAUAGUGUUUUGUUAUAAUUUGAAUUUUUAAAUUUCUGUUGAGUUUGUCCUCUGUCAUAUAUUUACUGACCACUAAACAUUAUUUUUUUUAAUUGUAGUUCAUUUUGAACAUUAUUUUUGUAUUAGCCUUUUUCUCUAUUAAAGUGUAUUUUCCUUACUGAUUUAUAAGCAGUUUUAUUAUAUAUGAGUUAUCAUACCUUUUUUCACAUAUAUUGUGAAGUGUCUUUAUUUUCCUGAUUCAUAAGUAGCCUGUGAAUUGCCCAGUUUCUACAGGCUUGAUUGGUUAAUUCUGCACAGGAAAACUGAUGUAGCUGUGAACACUCAUUUUGUAUCCUUAAAUGUCUUCCUGUAACAUAGAGUUGACGUUGUUUAAUCGCUAAAUCAUGUCUGCACUCUUCUGACUGCAGCCCUCCAGGCCCCUCUGUCCAUGGUAUUUCCCAGGCAGGAAUACUGGAGGGGUUGCCAUUUCCUUCUCUAGGGGUUCUUCCCAACUGUGUCUCCUGCAUUGGCAGAGGGAUUCUUUAUUGCUAAGCCACCAGGGAAGUCCCUGUAACCUAAGAAUAUCAAGCCUUACACAAGUGAUUCUCAAACUGUAGUGUGAAUAGGAUCACCUUGGAGGUAUGUUUAAAGUGCAUAUUACCAGAUUAUUCAGUGAGCCUCACCUGAGGCCAGGGAUCUUCAUUUUAAAUAAUUCAUUAUUUUGAUAUUGUUAAUAAACCAUCCUCUGAGAAACGCUGUUUUAAGCUCUUCAGGCUGGCAUGCAAGAUUCUGGAUGAUCUGUUCCCAGCUUAUUUGCUUAUGCAUCCCUAUUUGAAAAUUGCUCUUGCUGAAAUUAUUUCCUAAGUAAUAUGUAGACAAACUCAUCUCUGAGCCACUGUGGUUACAGUGCUCUAUAAAUGUCAGAUGGUAAUAUGCCAUUUUUAUCCCGUCUCGUUUCUUCUACUUUUUACUUUGUCCAAAUUCUGAUUUCCCUUUAAGAUGUAAAUCUUCUCUUUUUCAUGAGAUUUUCCGUGACCGUUUUAAGCAUUUUGAGAUUUUUUUCCCCCUCUGUGACCCUAAGCACUCAUAUACAGGCUUUUGGCAUUUCCUGCAUUGUUGAGUCAUUAUUUGUUGGCAGAGAUUUUUGCCUCAUAUAUAUUUUUUAUCUCCCACAGGACCUGUGUGGAAAUAAAAAGGAAUGAGCAUAGCCUCAUUAGUCUUGGCUAUUUUGAAGAACUAUAGUGAAAUAUUCACUGGGUGAUUAGUGAAUAUUUUUAGAAAUGAAAUCAAUCUGUUCAUCCUGUUCACUCUGUCCAUGUAGCCUUUAUAAUUCUGUAGACUUUGUUUAUGUAAUCUCUAAGCUUUGGUUGUUACAGGUUGAAGAAGUCCUCAGCUUUUUAUUCUCAUGGUAUUACUUCACCCUGUCUGUGUUAUUCUGAAGAUUAUGGUUAUCAGCAUCUCUAAUCUCAUGCACCAGUCCAGCUAAAGAUAAUUAGUGUUAGUUUUUUUUCUGAUAAAUUUUGGCCUUUUAUGGGAAGGAUGCCUUACAGGAUUAAACAGGUGUGCCCUUCAGAGUAUAGUAAUGUCUAGCUUGAUGUAGAUACCAUGUGGUUCCAAGCAACUGAUAGAUGACCUAAAGUCUUACCCUAACAUCCUGAAUUGUUUCUCCAGUUGCUAGAACUUAAGGCUGACACUGGAGAAAGGGGAAAAGGGGUUUCUGCAUCUCCCCAGCCUGGAUUUGAUGCCAGCCCUGUUGAGUAAGAGUGUUAGAGAUGCUUCUCCUUUACUUCUGCCUAAACCAGCUCCCCUGUGAAAAAGAAUGACAGCAUAUUCUGGGAAAAAGAAACCUAUUGGUGAGGGCAAUCUAGUCAACAUCUGUCACGCCAUUGCUUGUUAGGAUUAUUUUAGCUGAUGUGUCUGACUGGGCAGGUGUCCCCUCUCUCCCUCAGUGCUCCAUGUGCAUCCCUCUUGAAGCUUCACACUCUGUUGAAGAGGACUCUCAUCCCAGUCAUUAUUUAGAAGCAAGGUCCUUGAAUGAGAGAGAUUAUCGGGACCGGAGAUACAUUGAUGAAUACAGAAAUGACUACUGCGAAAGAUAUGUUCCUAGACAUUAUCACAGAGACAUUGAAAGCAGUUAUCGAAUCCACUGCAGUAAAUCUUCAGUCCGAAGCAGGAGAAGCAGUCCUAAAAGGAAGCGUAAUAGACACUGUUCAAGUCAUCAGUCACGUUCGAAGAGCCACCGAAGGAAAAGAUCCAGGAGUAUAGAGGAUGAUGAGGAGGGUCACCUGAUCUGUCAAAGUGGAGACGUUCUAAGAGCAAGAUAUGAAAUCGUGGACACUUUGGGUGAAGGGGCCUUUGGCAAAGUUGUAGAAUGUAUUGAUCAUGGCAUGGAUGGCAUACAUGUAGCAGUGAAAAUUGUAAAAAACGUGGGACGAUAUCGUGAAGCAGCUCGUUCAGAAAUCCAAGUAUUAGAGCAUUUAAAUAGUACUGAUCCCAAUAGUGUCUUCCGCUGUGUCCAGAUGCUAGAAUGGUUUGAUCAUCAUGGUCAUGUUUGUAUUGUGUUUGAACUCUUGGGACUUAGUACCUAUGAUUUCAUUAAAGAAAAUAGCUUUCUGCCAUUUCAAAUUGACCACAUCAGGCAAAUGGCAUAUCAGAUCUGCCAGUCAAUAAAUUUUUUGCAUCAUAAUAAAUUAACCCAUACAGAUCUGAAGCCUGAAAAUAUUUUAUUUGUGAAGUCUGACUAUGUAGUCAAAUAUAAUUCUAAAAUGAAACGUGAUGAACGCACACUGAAAAACACAGAUAUCAAAGUUGUUGACUUUGGAAGUGCAACAUACGAUGAUGAACAUCAUAGUACUUUGGUAUCUACACGGCAUUACAGAGCGCCAGAGGUCAUUUUGGCUUUAGGUUGGUCUCAGCCUUGUGAUGUUUGGAGCAUAGGUUGCAUUCUUAUUGAAUAUUACCUUGGUUUCACAGUCUUUCAGACUCAUGAUAGUAAAGAGCACCUGGCAAUGAUGGAACGAAUAUUAGGACCCAUACCAACACACAUGAUUCAGAAAACAAGAAAACGCAAGUAUUUUCAUCAUAAUCAGCUAGAUUGGGAUGAACAUAGUUCUGCUGGUAGAUAUGUUAGGAGACGCUGUAAACCGUUGAAGGAAUUUAUGCUUUGUCAUGAUGAAGAACAUGAGAAACUGUUUGACCUCGUUCGAAGAAUGUUAGAAUAUGAUCCAGUGAAAAGAAUUACUCUGGAUGAAGCAUUGCAGCAUCCUUUCUUUGACUUAUUAAAAAAGAAAUGAAAUGGAAAUCAGUGGUCUUAUUAUACUUCUCUAGAAGAGAAUACUUAAGACUGUGUCAGUCAACUCAACAUUCUAAUAUUUUUGUAAACAUUAAAUUAUUUUGUACAUUUAAGUGUAAAUACUGUAUGUUUUGUAUCAAUAGCAUAAUUAUCUUAUUAAGCAAACAUGGUCUUGAUAAUGAAUGAAAUAUAAAAGCUAAAAUUAAUUUUCCUUUUUUGAGAUUAAUUACCAUUUUUAAAAACCUUUGGAAUAUCCUUUGUGUCCAGUGAUAAUUGUGAUUGACCUUGUGUUUUGUACAUGAAAGUUGACUCUUUGAAGUGAUUUUUUUUUUCUUUUUUUGAGUAAAAGAAAAUCUUGACUACUUCACUCUUAAAUGA